AUGCUAGGCAAAAUCGCUCUCGAAGAAGCCUUCGCGCUCCCGCGCUUCAAAGAAAAGACCCGCUGGUGGGCGGGCAUGUUCGCGACAGACGUUGAGAAGCACGUCGCCGAGAUCAACGACGUCGACUCGAUCCGCCUCAACUUCGCCGAGAAGCACGGUGUCGGUCUGCAGAUUCUCUCCUACACUGCGCCGGGUGUACAAGAUAUCUGGGAUCCAAAGGAUGCGCAGGCUCUCGCCGUGGAAAUUAACGACUAUAUCGCCGAGCGCGUAAAGGCGCAUCCGGAUCGUUUUGCUGCUUUCGCUACAUUGUCAAUGCACGACCCCCAAGAAGCCGCCACAGAGCUCCGCCGCUGCGUAAAAGAAUAUGGCUUCCUCGGCGCCCUCGUCAACGACACACAGCGCGCUGGCCCAGACGGCGACGACAUGAUCUUCUAUGACAACACAAAGUGGGACAUCUUCUGGUCCACCUGCGAAGAACUCGACGUCCCCCUGUACCUCCAUCCCCGCAACCCCACCGGCACAAUCUUCGACAAGCUCUGGGCGGACCGAAAAUGGCUCAUCGGGCCACCCCUCUCCUUCGCGCAAGGCGUGUCCCUGCACGCCCUGGGCAUGGUAACGAACGGCGUCUUCGACCGCCAUCCCAAGCUCCAGAUCAUCCUCGGCCAUCUGGGCGAACAUAUCCCCUUCGACAUGUGGCGCAUUAACCACUGGUUCGAGGAUCGGAAGAAGCAGCUGGGUCUGGCGGAGACAUGCAAGAAGACGAUUCGGGAGUACUUUGCUCAGAACUUGUGGAUUACGACUUCUGGACAUUUCUCGACUACCACGCUGAACUUUUGUAUGGCGGAAGUUGGGGCUGAUCGGAUUUUGUUCAGUAUUGACUAUCCGUUUGAGACGUUUGAGGAUGGGUGUGAGUGGUUUGAUAACUGUGAGCUGAAUGAGGUAGAUCGGUAUAAGAUUGGACGGGAAAAUGCGAAGAGGUUGUUUAAGCUGGGGGCUUAUAAGGAUAGUACUGCUUAA